GUGUCCCCGUGCGCCACCACCUGCAAAGCCGAGGAAGACGAAGACCGAAACCGCAGAGGCCAAACAGCAAACUCCCCUCCACCGACGCAGUAGCGAGCCACCCAGAAAUCGACACUCGCUCGCUUCCCUCUCUGCCCCCCAUUUCGUGCACCCUCCCCAACGUGCGCACGCACGUUCACGUCGGGCAGAAGCCUUUGCUGCGGCGUCGGUGGAGGGAGGAGAAGAAACGUCUGCCAGGCUCUGAAACCAAUGCUUCUCCGACCUCUCCUUCUCCUUCUUCUUCUUCUUCUUCUUGUUCCUCCGUGUCGCUUGUGUACGGUUAUUCCCGCCGCGAGCACCGCCGCGUAGCUGCGACCUCCCUCCGCGCAUUUAUCUCGCUGGGGCGGCCGAGAUCUGGGGGGGCGGGAUCCCAUUUCGCCGAGUUUCUUCACAGGAAGACAAGUUAAUGGCCGAGCCGCCGUGUCUCUCGAAGUGCCGUGGGAUUUCUAGUCGAUAAGCGCGAGCUGCGGUGAGUUACGGCGGCUGUAGUGGCGGUCGUGGAGAUAAGUCCGAAUUCGCGGCGGUUUCAGCGGAGGAGGUGUCGAUUGGAACUUCAACCUCUGGAGAUUUCCUUGCUCGAUAUGGGGAGUAUCAUGUGCGGCAUUGUGGUCUCUCCGCGAUCUAAAUGCGUGGAUGGGUGCGCACUGGAUUGCUGAAAGUAUGUUCUAUGAAGGCAGUGUAACUUGUUGCACGGUUAUUAGUAUGUUGCUGGAGUCAUAGAGUGAGAGCUGGUGUAGUAGUAGGCUUAGCUGGGCGCUUUUUCGAGGCGGGUGAAGAUGGCGUUCUCGUGGGAUCUUUUCGGGGAGGCCGCUAGCGUAGCCCAACUCACGGGACUCGACGCGACUCGGCUAAUUGGAAUGAUAGUGCAAGCGGCGAAUACGGCGCGGUUGCACAAGAGGAACUGUCGGCAAUUCGCUCAGCAUUUGAAGCUGAUCGGUAACUUGUUGCAACAACUAAAGAUAUCGGAGCUGAAGAAGUACCCCGAGACGAGGGAGCCUUUGGAGCAACUCGAGGAUGCUCUCAGAAGGUCCUACAUUCUGGUCAACAGCUGCCAGGAACGGAGUUACUUCUAUUUGCUGGCUAUGGGGUGGAACAUCGUUUAUCACUUUAGGCGAGCCCAGAAUGAGAUUGAUCAAUACUUGAAAAUCAUCCCUCUUAUCACCCUUGUCGACAAUGCUAGAGUUCGGGAGAGAAUGGAAGCUAUCGAGAAGGAUCAACAAGAGUACUCACUAGAUGAAGAUGACAGGAAGGUGCAGGAUAUAAUCCUGCAACGAGAACCAUCAAAGCAUGACACCAUGGUGUUGAAAAAAUCUCUUUCCUGUUCCUACCCCAAUCUUGGAUUUGGUGAGGCGCUACGAAAGGAAAAUGAGAAGCUUCAGCUGGAACUACAACGGUCUCAAGCUACUUUGGAUGUGAGCCAGUGCGAAGUAAUUCAACGUUUGAUCGAUGUCACGGAAACUGUUACAAUGAGUAUGGUGUCAGAGAAUGAUUCCCCUAAAAAAGGAUCCAAAGGAGUUAUGAACAGUGCUUCAUACGCUAAUAAUGAAAAGAGUCAUCCUUCAGAUGAAAGCUAUUCUAAGAAAAGUGAUUCUUCUACAACUACGAGAAAAGUUCCUGCUAUCUUGUCUGGCCAUGAAGCAUUGCCAGUUAGAGGUUUGCAUCAACAUGAAGAAUGGCAUGCUGACUUGCUUGGCUGUUGUUCAGAACCACUUCUGUGUGUUAAAACACUCUUCUUCCCUUGUGGGACAUUUUCAAGGGUUGCUACUGUGGCAUCUAACAGGCACAUAUCCUCGGCAGAAGCAUGUAAUGAGUUGAUGGCUUACUCAUUGGUAUUAUCUUGCUGUUGCUAUACUUGCUGUGUCAGGAGGAGGCUUCGCAUGGUUUUGAACAUCAAGGGAGGAUGGUUUGAUGAUUUCCUUUCCCAUUUGUUGUGCUGUUGUUGUGCCCUUGUACAAGAAUGGCGGGAAGUGGAUAUACGUGGGGUAAAAGGUCCAGUGAAGGCUGAAACCAUUGCUCCACCUUUGCAGUACAUGCAAUCUUGAAGUGGAAGGAGGAAACAACUGUAUAUUAAUCAGAAGUUUGAGUACAAUAUAGUCUUAAUAUACACGUAGAGAGGUAAUGUUUGCUUCCUUUGUUUCUUCUUAGUUCUUGUGGUGCCUCAUGUAGGGUGAGCCUGCUCUGCCUAAGAUAGCCUGAGUAGAAGUAUCUCUUAAUCAUUCCAGGAUCUGUUUUACCUUUGUUAUCUUGGCCGUUCUCUUGUUACAGUUAUGAAUAGAUCCAGAAACCUGUUCAUAUAUUGAUAGUGAUCGGUUGCUCUUAUGUUCUUCGGACAACUGUUUCUCCUCAACAAUGCCCGCGUAAUCCGUGUAAAAGACUCUCCUACUUUCUGGUGGUUUAUACUGCUAUUUUUUCCGCCC